GUUGUGAACUGUUGGUUGUCCGGUGUGCGGGUUGUCACGACAGACGCGCGCACACACACACACACACACACACACACACACAGAGACAGUCACUCGCCUGUUCCGGGUUUACAGCGAACGAUGCCUCCCGUCCUGCUGCUGCUGCUGUGUGCGGUGCAGGCUUCGCCCGCCAGCAAUGGGACCUCGGUGGGGACAGAGUUGCUGCCUGAAGCUGGCCUCUCACCUUUGCAUCAGCCGGAGCUGCAGCCAACCCGGCAGCCCGCAGAAAUGCAGAGCUCGGAGAGUCAUCACGGUCACGACAUUGUGGGCUUCGAGAUGGUGAAGUGGCAAUGGGUUCAUGUUCAAGGACCCUACCUGAUUGCAGUGUGGAUUCUGGUAGCCAGCCUGGCUAAAAUCUUGUUCCACCUCUCCAGCAAGGUGACGACUGUAGUGCCCGAAAGCUGUUUGCUGAUCUUUCUUGGUUUAGGCCUUGGCGGGAUAGUCCUUGCAGCUGCCAAGAAGCCAGAGUACCAGCUGGACCCAGAUACCUUCUUCCUCUUCCUUCUUCCGCCCAUUGUGCUCGACUCAGGAUACUUCAUGCCCAGCAGGCUCUUCUUUGACAACUUUGGUGCCAUUCUGAUGUACGCAGCAAUCGGCACCCUCUGGAAUUCAUUCACAACCGGAAUAGCACUUUGGGGCAUCAAGCUAGCUGGGCUCAUGGAUCCUAAAGUGGAAGCAGAUUUGCUCGAUUUCUUGCUUUUUGGCAGUCUGAUAUCUGCCGUGGACCCAGUGGCAGUAAUAGCUGUGUUUGAGGAAGUCCACGUUAAUGAAACUCUGUUCAUCAUUGUGUUUGGAGAGUCGCUCCUUAAUGAUGCUGUAACUGUUGUGCUGUAUAAAGUGUUUAACUCUUUUGCGACAAUUGGCUCAGAAAAUAUACAUGCUUUAGAUUACGUCAAGGGUGUAGGUUCAAUCUUUGUGGUGAGUUUGGGUGGGACUGCUGUAGGAAUUGUUUUUGCCUUUGUGCUGGCCCUCAUCAGCCGCUUCACCAAGCGAGUCCGCAUUAUUGAGCCACUCUUCGUCUUCCUGAUUGUUUACCUGGCCCAUCUCACAGCCGAAAUGGUCUCUCUCUCCUCUAUCUUGGCUGUUACCUUCUGUGGUCUGUGUUGCAAAAAGUAUGUGGAAGCUAACAUUUCACAGAAAUCUCGCACAACUGUGAAGUACACGAUGAAGACUUUAGCCAGCAGUUCAGAAACAAUCAUCUUCAUGCUGUUGGGAAUCUCUGCCGUUGACACCUCCAAAUGGACCUGGGACACAGGUUUAGUGCUGUUCACACUUCUGUUCAUAUUUGUCUUCAGAGCAAUAGGGGUAAUUCUGCAGAGUUGGAUAUUGAAUCAUUUCCGGCUGGUCCCAUUGGACAGAAUUGACCAGGUGGUUAUGACAUAUGGUGGCUUGCGAGGUGCAGUAGCGUUUGCCCUGGUGAUCCUUCUCAAUGAUCAGACUGUCAAGGCAAAAGACUACUUUGUUGCAACGACAAUCACUGUUAUAUUUUUCACCGUGAUAGUUCAGGGUUUGACCAUUAAACCGCUUGUUAAAUUCUUGAAGGUAAAGCGAAGUGAUCAUCACAAGCCAACACUUAAUGAAGAGUUGCAUGAACGUGCUUUCGACCAUAUUCUGGCAGCCGUAGAAGACAUUGUAGGUCACCAUGGUUACCAUUAUUGGAGAGACAAGUGGGAGCACUUCGACAAGAAGUACCUGAGCCAGCUACUGAUGCGCAAGUCGGCCUAUAGGAUCAAGGAUGAUAUUUGGGACCUAUACCAAAAGCUCAAUGUUCGCGAUGCUAUCAGCUUUGCUGACCAGGGAGGUCACAUGUCAUCAGGAAAAUUCACAUUUGCAUCGAUGCCAAGUAGAACGUCAUUCUCCGAAACAUCUGUAACAAACCUCCUGAGGGAGAGUGGAAGUGCCGUGUGUCUAGAUUUACAAGUGAUUGACACUGUGAGGAGUGGCAGAGAUCGGGAAGACACAGUGAUGCACCAUGUCUUAAGAGAGAACCUGUACAAGCCAAGGAGAAGGUAUCAGGGAAAUUAUAGCCGGCACUUCAUUGCUCAAGGUGAACAAGAAAGGCAAGAAAGGGAGGUUUUCCAGCGAAACAUGAGAAGUCGCCUUGAAUCAUUUAAAUCCACUAAACAUAAUGUAUAUUCUUCAAAGAAUAAAUGCAGACACAAGAAAGAGCACAAGUGUCAGAAAAGGAGAAAUGUUGAAGGUACAAAUGGUCAAGUACCUAAUGAUAAAUUACUGCGAAAUGUCAGCUGGCAUGACACAGUGCCAGUUUUUGUAGAAGUUGACUCGGAAGAUGAAGAAAAGGAUAAAUCUAUGAAGAUGAAAGAACAGGAGGAUGACGAGGGCAUCACUUUUAUGGCAAGAACAGUGAAUGACAAUUUACAAGAAAGGAAAAUUUCAGGUAAUUUGGAAUAUCCUCAAAGCCCUAGCAUUAUCCCACCAUCUCCUACUUCUGCUGAAAAAGAGCUUCCUUGGAAAGGUGAUCAGGGUGAGCUUACAGCCUGUGUGUCUUCAGAAACCAACAAGAUUGUGCCAAUUGAUUUGCAGUAUGCUUGGAAGCAUAGUACGGACAGCCUGGUUUCACCAACUGUAUCUGACACAGUGUUUCAGCCAAAGACCUCGAACUUUAUGCUGGAUGAACACACAACAUCGGCUGCCCUGUUAGUGCCACGACAUCCCAUCCAUUUCCAGUUUCCUGAAGCUUGUACAGCUGCUGAAAGAAGCGCUGAUGAGGACACCAUGGAGUCUAUUCAGCAGCAGGAGCUGCAGCCCCUUAUGUCUGCUGCAGGUGACAGCAGACAAGUUCCAGCUGCUGGCUUAUUGAGUACCAGAUGGCCUGCACCAUUCCACAGACCGUCCUAUGUCUCAGCUCUGAAAUCUUUGGUUGCCUCAACGCAAUGUAACAUGAAACAAUCUGAGAAGUCUGGUAAUGUACAGACAAACCUCUAAUUUUAAUUAAUUUAAGAAACAUGAAUUAAGAUGAGCCAUGAUAUUAUAGUUUUGUAAAUCACUUAAUUUUAUGUUAUGAAAAUAUCAGAAAAUCUUAAUUAUAUAGUGCUUUUUAGAGAAGUGUAAUUGGCUAUGUUUAGCAAAGGAAUGUGUACAGUAUUCUGUUCUACUUGUGUGAUCAACAUUGUUCCCAACAUUAAUAAGUAAAUUAAAAUGUUUGAUACAAUCACUGCUAAGUUUGGAAUGUUGGGAAUUCCUUUGCGUGAUUGCCCUGAAUACAGAAUUGAGUUUGUUUCCAAUGCAUUCCUAUUAUGGGCAGACAUGAGCGUGAAUUGUCAGGUAAUAAGACAGUGACAGGGUGGAGUAAGCAAGAAACAGAAAGUGAUCAACUAUUUAAUGAUACAAUAAGGAAAAUUACUGCAGAUGCUGGAAAUCUGAAAUAAAAACAGAAAGUGCUAGAGGAAUUCAGCAUGAUUGGAAGCAUCUGUGGAGAGAGAAACAGAGUUAAUAUUUUGAGUCCAAUAUGACUCUUCAUCAGAACUGGAAGUCUCCGAAGCAAUGGAAGGAAUGUUGAGUUUCUCCAGCAUUUUCUGUAACAAUCUGGGGGAGUUAGCUCAUCAAUCUAGAUGUACCACCCAAGGAUGACCGACAUGUAAAAUCACUUUUUGAGGGAAGCAUUUCUAUAAAAAUAAAAAAGAACAUUGUAACAGAAAGUUAAUUGUCCGUCCACCAUUGUAUUAGAUACAUUUUUGCAAUGGGCAAUUUGAAAGGGGUUUAUGAGGCAAUACUAUAAAAUAGUCAUGUUGCAUUUUAAGAUUUGUAUAUAAUCAAAGAGGAUCCCACAUUAAACUUUAUGGCUAUAAACCUCUGAAGACAGGAAUCACAAAACACAAUCAAUCCACAGUCAUUGCCUCCAAUUCCAGUUUAUUUAAAUGAUUGUGGUGUGCAGUAUGCACCAAGCAGAUAGUUGAGCAGCUGGGCACCUAGGCAGGGCAUGCAAAAUUGCGAGAAUCUCUCACAGCUUCAAACCAACUUGCACCUCAUAAAGAGGAGAGGCAUUUUGAUUGAAGUACAUGCUAGAAUAAACAUUUAAAGUGAUUUCGAUGUGAGGUCGUCACAAGAAUGGCAUAUUUUUACAGCAGAGUUCUUAAAAUGUUCUGACACUUGGUUGAAAGCCUUGGUUGAAAAAAGAGUGGGAGAGGUGACCCUUAUCCACAGGGGUCCUAGAGGAUACCACACAAACUUAUCAGAGUGGUGGGAUUAGGUCAUCAUGUUAGUCAAAGACCUGAAGCUCUGGAUGCAAAACCACUAAGAAGGUGAGUGAACACACAGAAAUGGUCCAAAACAAUGACAUAUUUUCAAUGCCACAUCCCACCAACAACACUAAAAGUGUAGAGCUACAGAUAGUUGUGUUGGAGGCUCCAAUUUCUUUUUGAUACGAGGCUGCCGAUAAUUCGUUUCACUCUUAUUGCCUACCAUGGGCAUAUGUUAGAAAAAUUUACAAGUUGAUACACAGAAUCCAUUUGGCCACAUUAUAUACGCAUCUUCCUUGGCCUGGAAUGGGACUUAACCUGGAAUGGGACUUAACCUGGAGGUGCUGACUCAGAGACAUUAACCAUCACAUCACAAGACAUUCUUUGUGAAGCUUAGGUAUAGAAUAAAAGUUAAUGUAAAAAAAAAAUUAUGUACAAUGCUUUACAUCUCAAUUUACAUAUGCGAGCUAGUCAAUGCAAAAUUGAGGAGAAUACUCACUUUUACCAUGUUCCAGAAACUCCCACAUUUCUUUUUUCUGUUGUAUUGUAUUGUGUUAUAUUCCUUAUGUUAUGUUGUAGCUCAUGUAACGGGGUCUCUCAGUUAUUCAAUCAAAAGGAGUUGGGUUGCCUACAUUUUUCCAUUUGUGCCAUUGUGAGCAAUUAGUUUACGUUCUAGGACAUCUUUUUCUUUUGCAGUGAACUGCAUUACUUUAAGUAUUGCUGUCUCACUGCAUGUUAUUCUCCAACACCAGUGUAUCACAGAACAAGCUCUCUGAGUAAGUUUUUCCUGUGCCAAUAACCAAAACAAAUUGGAGGGUCGGAGCCACUGCAAAAUGCAACAUAGCCUCAUCUCCCCACUCCGACUCCUGCACAAUGUAGCUGUCAUUGCAAAAUUGGACUAAACUUAGAACAUUUUUGAAUUGCAUGGAGACAUUUUUGUAUUGAAAUGGUGUAAUGAAAUUAUUUUAUUUAUUUUAAUAUUGAACAACAUAAGGUCAUUACAUAAUGAUACAGUUUAAACUCAGGGUGGACAAUUGUAAGUAGAUUUAUAAAAACCACAAUUGUACAUCAUUUCAAAUAACUGAUUUAAUACUAAUAUUGAAGCAAAUAGUCAUCAAGUUUUGCUUACGUUCUGAUUGUAAAGUUUUAAGUCAACAAUAAUGAUGAUAAUUUUUAAAUUAUUUACUCUGUAUAAUGGAACAGGCGAUUUCAUGGUCUAAGAUGAUGUGCAAAAUGUAACAUGGCAGACAAAAUACAUCUUAAACUAAGAAUAGUUUAUUCCUUCUGUUAUUUCAAUAUGGUGUGUCUCCAUGGAAAUAAGCAUAUUUGGAACUAGAAAAACCUAAUUCCUUUAUAAUUUACCAACUUCUUCACAUGAAGUCUUCUUCCAAUACUAUCAAAGGAUUACAGUUUGUAACAAAUAUGUAAAAUAAAAAUCCUGCCAAGCAAUAACUAACGUGUGAAAAUGAGAGAUUAGAAUGCCUCAUAGAAUGUGUAAUUCAGUUAUAUGUGUAAUAUACAGAAGAAUUUCAAUUCUACUUCCCACAUCCAUGUAAAAGAGAAAUUUUAUAUAUUGACUUGCACCCAAAGAGACACAAUCUAGUUCAAAUAGUGUACAUGGAUUGCUAACAUAGUUAUGUGAAAUUAUUUAUUGAUAUCUAUGUAAAAAAGACUAUGUGCGUUCAUUUUGGAAGAGGUUCCAUGGAAUUUACUCCAAAACUGAAUGUAUUAAAUAGCAGCUGUGCCCUCAGUGAACUUGUGCAUUAGUUAACCUUUCUUCUCAAAACUUAUUUUCAGUAUCUACCCUUGCUUGAUUUUUGGUAAAAUUGUUUUAUUUGUUUAAAUUGAU